UCAUUAGUGAGCGUUAUUUUCUUUUUACCGCGGCAGUAAUUUAUACCAGAGUAUCGUGUAAUAUGUGAGGCGAUCGUUACUUUGAAAUGAGCGCGGCUUGUUGCGCCUGUGACCAGAUGGCGGCUGGCUGCUGCUAAUCUACUUAGGUGCAGCGUCCGCGUGUGUUGUUUGUUUUGAAAGAGAUUGCACCGAAAAAGACGAGAAGAGCACGGGGACGAGUUGGCAAACCCGGAUAACUAAAUUUUUUUUUUUUUUGCGGUUUCCUUUUUUUCCGUCAUAAAACCAGAAAUUGAGCCAAAGGAACUAUUACGAGUCAAAUUAAGGACUACUCCUCCCCGCUCCCUCCCGUCUGGCAAGUGACGGCUGUUUGGCUGCACGUACAGGUAGUUGCGUCGAAUUUACUAAUUUGAUUUUUACGUACAGCGUUGUGCAGCGGGAGCAAGCAGCAACAGGUUGUGAAAUCCUAGCUAUCAUGCGAAGGCUUUGGUUGUGCUCGGUGUGUGCGGCGGACAGAGGCAGUGUAACCGACACCUAAGCUUUGCACCUUCACCCUUGGGGGCAGCGGCCUGCAAAAAAUGUCUCCCUAACUCGGCCACCAUGACACCAUGCCAGUCAUCACUUAUUCAAGCGCUGUUGGGAGGCUUCCAAGGGUCGUAGGGGGUCGCAAACAUGACAGACCACCAAAGAGUGGAAAGAGAAGAACAUGGCGAGAUCAAUUAUGGAUUGACUGCAACUGGCAAGUUGGAAAAGUUGAGGGAGAAGCUGCUAGGAUUUCAUUCAUUGAUGUACAAAGAGAAGAUGAGCUCCAACAGGACCAAAACAAGAGCAGAAGCCACAAAUAUCCUGUAAAGAAUUGUACAGAAGAACGUGUUAAGAGAGACUAUAAAAUAAUGAUGAGGUGGCAAGCUAUCUUCUUCUGUAUAUGUGUCCUCUUCAUUGGCCUGGUUCCAAAACCUGCUUCAUCACAGGGACAUUUCCCGCCAAUGGAGAACAUUGGUGCCUUCAAACCCGUGUCCGCCUCGCCGCCUCGUUUUAGCUGUGGGGUUCCGGAUCGGAGCGUCUACUGCCGGACGGCUUCCUCACAAGCCGAGCUUCUGACGUGCCAUCGGGCCUCCUGCAUCCAGGAGUGUCCCUAUAGAGACUCCAUGCCACCUUAUGCCCCACUACUAUUGCCUGCUUACAGGGGUGCUUGCAUCACAGAAGAUGCUAAAGACAUUGGUCCUAUCCUCCGUCAGAGAUCACAGUUGGACCGCUUGACCACAUCGAUGUCAAGCGGGGAUUCCCGUAGUGUUGUGUUUCGUCAAGGCCAGCAGGAAUGUCUGCUGUCUCCCCCCUCUCAGAAGAUGGGAGCAUCGGGAUCCCUCACACUGGCGUUGUGGAUUAAACCAAGCUCUCUCGGAGAGAUGAUGCUGUUGGAGAAAAGCUCAAGGGACCAGUCAGUCUUUUCAGUGACAGUGUCGGAAAGGGUCGUCAGUAUAAAGUACACUCAGUCCACAAGUUCAGUACCUCUGAUUGUCAGCUUUAAAACCGAGGGACGGCUCGUGGUGGAUACGUGGACACACAUUGUUUUACAGGUGCACGACAGACAUGCCAGUUUGUUCCUGAAUGGGCUGGAGGAGGAUGGGACACCUUUUGAGACCCAAUCAUUGCCCUUCAGAUUGCAUGACAGCAAUGAGGACAGCACCAUGAGGGUGGGACUCGGCUCCAAAGGGUCCAAUCAGUUCAUGGGGCGGAUGCAGGACUUUAGAUUUUAUCCUGCCACUUUGACCAACAGGGAAAUAGUAGAGAUUUAUUCCGGUGUCCUGCCACAGCUUCAUUCUCAGUCUGAAUGUCGCUGCCCUGCCACUCAUCCCAGAGUGCAUCCCUUAGUAGAAAGAUAUUGUAUCCCCAAUGGCGUUGAAGACACUACCAAUGACAGAGUUUUAAGAUUGAACCUGAAUGCACACCCACUGGCUUACAUCAACGAUCAAGACAUGGGCACCGUGUGGCGCUCCAAGCUUAUGACUAUGCAGGAAUUGGACGAAGGCUUCACUAUAACUGUGGAUCUGGCAAAUGGACAGUACCAGGUAUUCUAUGUCUUAAUUCAGUUUGCUGGCCCGUUGCUUGAGUCGCUCUUGAUCCAAAGGCAAAGACUCACUGAUCAGCAGAACAGCACCAACGGAGAGCAGCCCUGGUUGGACUGGCAGUAUGUGGCCAAAGACUGCAGUGUAUUUGACAUGCAGAACAAUGGGCCGCUGCUGACACCGGACUCAGUCAACUGUCUACAACUGCCCAGUGAGGAGCACUACUCUGGCGGUAACAUCACAAUCAGCCUGCUGAGCCCAGAACCAAACUCGAGGCCAGGCUAUAAUGAUUUCUACAACACUCCGAGUCUUCAGGAGAUGGUGCAUGCCACUCAGGUGCGGCUACGUCUGGGAGGACAGUACCACACCAGAGCAGCCGGGGUGGACCACCGACACAGACACUAUGCUGUCAAUGAAAUCACAAUCAGUGGCAGAUGUGAGUGUCAUGGCCACGCAGAUCACUGCGAUACCAGCGUAUCACCCUACCGCUGCCUGUGCCUGCCUGAAAGCCACACUGAGGGAAACAAUUGCCAGCGUUGCGCAUCCCUCUACAAUGACAAACCCUUCCGGCCCGGUGAUCAACUCCAACCAAUGAACUGUCGGCCUUGUCAGUGCCACGGCCACGCCCACUCCUGUCACUACGAGGUCUGGGCUGAUGAUCAACCAACCGAACGAUAUCUCGGAGGAGGAGGAGUCUGUGACAACUGCAUGCACAAUACUACGGGUAGGAACUGUGAGCUGUGCGUAAGUGGAUUUUUCAGGCUGGAGCAGUCAGAUGCCACUUCAGUCCACGUGUGCCAGCCCUGUGAAUGUCACACUGCUGGAACUGUCAAUGGCAGCACUGAGUGUUUCCAGCUCGGAGGCCAGUGUCAGUGCAAGGCCGCUGUAGAGGGACGACGCUGUGCGGAUUGCUCACCUGGCUGGUAUGGUCUUCAAGCUUCCAAUCCAGAGGGCUGCACUCGCUGUAACUGCAGUGGCAUGGGGACCGUCAUCUCCUCCACGGGAAGUGUUGCCAGCUGCAACCGGCAUACAGGACAGUGUCGGUGCAAACUCCAUGUGACAGGUCUGUCUUGCGACCGUUGUGAAUUUGGUUUUUGGAACCUGUCCCAUGCAGACGGCUGCGUUCCGUGUAAUUGUGACCCCAUGGGUUCCCUUAGCCCAUUCUGUGAGCCUGAGGGGGGCCAAUGUGAGUGUAAGCCCGGGGUGGGAGGUCAGCGCUGUGAUUCAUGUGGUCCUGGUUUGACUGGUUUGAGGCUGGAGGGAACAUGCACCCCCUGCAACUGCUCAAAAGAAGGAACGCUACCUGGGACGGAUUGUGAUCCUCACACAGGCCGAUGCGUGUGCAAGGAACACGUGGAGGGCCAUCUUUGUGACACUUGUCGUCAUGGUUACCACACCAUGGAACGCCGAAAUUCCCUGGGCUGUCUGCCGUGUGCGUGCGACAUCAACGGCACCGCGCCGGAGGGAGUAUGUGAUAUGCGGACUGGCCAGUGCCCAUGCAGGGAGGGGGUCGAGGGCAUGCAGUGCACCAACUGUGCCCCCAACUACUUUAACACAAGUUUAGAUAUCCAGAAUGGCUCAGUCCAGGGUUGUGCUCCUUGCACAUGUGACCCAAGAGGAACAGUGGCUGGCUCAGUGUGUGAUAGCUCGACAGGACAGUGCAUGUGCAAGCCAACACGCUAUGGGAAAGACUGCAGCGCAUGCCGACCAGGUUUCUACCUUUCUCCAGAUCAGAGUAUGUGUGUGGAGUGUGACUGCCAUCCCAUGGGGGCAGUACAACGCAAGUGUGAAAGCCAAACUGGCCAGUGUAUGUGUGCCCAUCCCUCGGUGAGAGGGCGGCGUUGUGAUCGCUGUCAGGAGACCUUCUUUGGUUUCAACCCUGGUCUAGGAAGAUGCCAACCAUGUGCUUGUGACCCGGUGGGCAGUGUCAAUGGUUCCUGUGAUUCAGAUUUAGGACUGUGUCAGUGUAAGCUGCUGGUUACUGGGGCCAAAUGUGAUGCAUGUCAACACGGAGCAAGCCUUUUACGUGCAGAGAACAUCUAUGGCUGUAGUAAAGCCCCAUCACAGCAACCUGCCCCUGUAGCUUUUGCUCUCAGCUUUUCUUCCAUUAAUCUGACUUGGCAUCAACCUGACUCCCCAAACUCCAACAUCCUCAACUACACUCUCAUAAGAGACAGGCAGCCCGUGCACAGCAUACAGCGUCGCUAUCCUUUCAGUGCUGAAUCAUUCACGGACGUCAACUUGUCUCCUUACACCAACUAUUCCUACUGGCUAAUUACGGCUAACGUAGCCGGUGAGACAGUUAGCGCCACUUCUUACUACCAAACUUUGGCCGCACCGCCGAAAUUGGACCAGCUGAAUUUCAAUCUUGUGGGAAGACCCGGCCCUACCAGCGCCAGCUUUAGCUGGAGCUCUCCACUGAAUAACACCGGCCCAGUGGAGAGGUUUGUGUUGUCCUCAACAGAAUCAUCUAGUGGAGCCGAGCCUGUCAUCCACUACACAGGUUUAUUGACUGAGGCAGUGGCAAGUGGCCUAAAAGCCUUCACCCAGUACACUGUCACUUUGGAGGCUUGUUCAUCUGGAGGCUGCACUUCCACUUCACCCUUGUCACUGCUGACAGCUGCUGCACCCCCACAAAACCAAUCGCCACCCAAGGUCACUGCCACUGGACCUCACUCCCUGUUUGCUUCAUGGGAGCCACCCAGUCAGCCAAACGGAGUUAUCACAAGGUACGAGCUGUUUUUACGGGGGCCGGCGGAGUCUCACAGCCUGUCAACUCUGACUGGUGAAAAGAGAAUCUUUGUCAGCACCGGGUGGCUGGAUCCAAGCGCCCCGUUCCAAGCGCAGCUCGUCAACGGGAGCAGAGCUUUGCCCCCUGAGAGCAGCACCGUUGUGGCCGGCCUGCAGGCCUUCUCCACCUAUCAGAUGAGAGUCGCUAGCGUCAAUAUGGCAGGAAGUGUCACGUCAGGGUGGAACACCGCACGCACAGCGGAGGGAGUUCCAGAGUUGAUGGCUCCUCCGGAUGUGACUGCGCUCUCCUCCACCAGUCUUAAAGUCACAUGGAAUACUUCUGAAGGUCAUGGGGUCAUUGCCAGAGGGCAGGUGAUAGAAUAUCAUGUCAAUUUGCUGAUGGAACAGACCAACAACACUUAUGCUCCUCCAGUUGUCAGCCAGGUCCUGCAGCGGUUUGGAGCCUCUGCCCAGCCCCUUUACAUAGCAAAAGGAUUGAAGCCUUACCAUGUGUACAACUUUACUGUGACACUCUGCACAAAGAAAGGCUGCAUUACUAGUCUUGCGAGAUCUGGACAGACACAUCCAGCAGCUCCAACAGGAUUGUCUGCACCUCGACUAUUCUCAGUCAACGAAAGUACCAUUGAGAUAGACUGGAAUGUCCCAGCUCAACUCAAUGGACCACCCCCUAUGUACCAGGUGGAGAGGACAGACGUGUCUCUUUCUAACCCUCAAGGUCCUUUCAUCAGAGGCACCAGGUUCUCUGGCAGUGGUUACUACCAGUUUCCUAGUGACACCUUGCCUGUGAACACCGACUUCACUGGUGUUGAGUUGAGUUUCAAGACUCACUCUCCAGAUGGCUUGCUGCUCUGUGCCCUGUCUCCUGGACGUCAGGAAGAAUUUCUGGCUAUUCAGAUUCAAAAUGGACGCCCCUACUUUUUGUUUGACCCUCAGGGCUCAGUCGUGGCUGUGAGCGCACAAGGGGACGGAGAACGCCGCUACAACGAUGGAAAAUGGCACCACAUCAUUGCAACAAGGCGAGGGGCCGUGGGAACAAUCGUUGUGAACAAUCAAUACAGAGGUAGUUCUUCAGCCUCCAGUGGCAGCACGAUAAUUGGUGAGAAUACAGGAGUGUUCAUUGGAGGCCUGCCAAAAGAGUUUGCUCUGCGGCGAAAAGAUUCAGGGUCUACCCAGCUUAUGCGACAGGGUUUCUCUGGUUGCCUGAGAGACCUGCGUUUCAAGAUGACUGACAGCCCCUCGGAGCAGUGGAGAUCUCUGGACUGGACAAAAGCCACAAAUAAAAUGUCAGCCUAUGAAAGCUGGGAGGGAUGCCCCAUUCAUACUGUGGAGGGAGCCCAUUUUCUGGGUCAUGGUUACCUGGAGUUAAAUAAAGAUGUGUUUAGUGGAGGAAAGGACUUUGACAUUUCAAUGGAGUUCAGAACAGAUCAACUGAAUGCACUUUUGCUCUUUACAUACAACACAAAGACAGAUGACUAUAUGCUGGUGGAGCUGAAGAGCGGUCUCCUGUCAUUCCUUCUUUCCACCGAAGGUCAUGUUACCGAGCUUAGCAUGUGGGCGGGGCUUAGCUACUGCGAUGGAGACUGGAAGCAGCUUUCCUUGGCGAAACACAGCUCGCUCAUCUCUGCCGUUGUCGAUGACUGGGCAGAGGAGACGAGGGAAGCGGGAACGGCGGGGAGGCUUCAGGUUGACUCACCGUUAUACGUGGGUGGGGUGCCCCCUCAACUCAAACACAGGGCUCUGGACAUCCACAGUCACAGACAUGGCUUUGGAGGUUGCAUAAGAGGCCUCACCAUUCAAAGUGAUAAAACAAGCCCUCCUGUCAGUCAAAGUGUUAAUCUCUCCGUAGCCUCGGGACGCUCCGUUAGAAUCUACCUCGACGGCUGUCCUAACAGUGAAAGUCGUUACAACUGCAGGGGGAAUGAUUCAGUGUUGGCCUUCACUGGUAGAGAGACACACGCCUUUGAUUACAGUCUGCAGCCAUUCACUGAAUACUUGUACAGGAUCAUAGCUCUGGGCGCAGGAGGCUGGACAGCCUCGCCUUGGCAAAGAGGACGCAGCUGCGGCAAAGUACCAAGCUUCAUUCCACCUCCUUCAGCUAUGCAGUGUCUGAAUGGUUUCAGUGCCAAGGUGAGCUGGGCUCCACCCACUGGUGAUGUCAGAGGUGUGAUUGACAGGUAUGAGUUGCGAGCCUACCAAAGAGAUCAGCCAGAGAUGCCGCCGAUCAAAACCGUACACCUGGCUAAUGGAAACUUCACAGGCGUGUUGUCCGGUCUCACUCCGGCCACUCAAUACGUGGUCACUGUAAGUGCUUGUUUUACGUCUGGCUGCACAGAGAGUCUUGGCAAUGAGCACUCUGAUGUUACUGAUUUGAGAUCAGUCCUCAAAACUCCAGAGGAAGCUCCUGAUGCUGUUCUUGCGCCAACUGCACUCUCCUCACCCUCAGCUCUUUUUGUCACCUGGAAACCUCCCGCAAGGCCCAAUGGUGUCAUCACAGAGUACCGCCUCUAUCAGAAUAACCAAAUGGUCUACAGCGGGGAGGAGGGACACCACAACAUUACCGGGCUUGGCGUCUAUACUGCUCACGUACUGCUGCUGUCUGCAUGCACUGCUGUGGGAUGCACCAACAGUUCAAAGGUCACAGUGUUGACCUCUCAGCUUCCUCCCGGCCCGCUACGAGCGCCAACUCUGACCUUGCUCGACUCGCGGACGAUUCUGGUGGAGUGGUCUCGCCCCUCUCAAGUCAAUGGUGCUCUGGAGUUCUAUUCCAUCUUGGUGUCACAAAAUGGGGCGGAGCCUACCAUAGUCCACAACAGUUCUGAACUUGUUGAAGAGCACACGCUCCGCGACCUCACCCCUGGCACGGCCUACACCAUCACAGUGGCCGCUUGCACAGGCGGUGGCUGCACACGAAGCCCUUCCGCUCAGGCUGUCACUGAGGAAAGCACCCCGGAGAAUGUCCCGGCACCACUGGUCACCCCUUUGUCCCCGCAUGCUCUGCACAUCAGCUGGACACCUCCUGAUACUCCAAAUGGCAUCUUAACCAGCUACGGCCUUUGGAUGGACAGUGUUCUUAUAUUCAACGCCAGUUCCUCCCAGAGUUUCUUUGCGGUGACGGAGCUUUCCCCGUGGAGCAGACACGUCCUGAGGCUGCAGGCGUGCACGGCUCGUGGCUGUGGCAAGGGACCAAUGGUGGAAGUACGCACAUUAGAAAUGGCCCCCGAAGGCCCAAUACUGCUAGAAUUGACCAAUCACAGCUCUCGGUCACUACGAGCCCGCUGGACUGCACCACCUCGACCUAAUGGCUACAUGAGCUACUCCCUACACCAACGAAGUCAAGAUGGCGACGCGGCGCUGGACGCGGGCACGGCUGCCGGCGGGUGGCUGACUUUGACGGACCUGCAGCCGUACACCGACUACAGUUUCUGGGUGGAAGGUUGCAACACGCAGGGGUGUGUUGAGAGCCCGACCCUUCGCGUGACUACGUCUCCAGCAGCUCCAGACGGAUUGUCUGCCUUGAGACUCAGUCAUUCUACCAGCACCAGUCUAAAUGUGUCUUGGUCCGAACCAACCCGCGCCAACGCCCCGGGCCCUCUUCGCUACGGCCUUCAAAUGAGGACAUCACCCCAGAAAGCUAUGAUAAGGCUCCUGGAAAACAUGACAGAUACUUUCUCCUACAACGUGCCGGGCCUUUCUCCGUACACUGAGUAUCAAUUCCGACUUGUGGUGUCACACACACAUGGACAGACUGCAGGCGUUUGGGAAACCCUCCGAACAGCAGAGGACCGUCCAGGUCCCCUUGACCCUCCAACUAUUGCACGGGUGCAUUCUCGAAAUGUGACAAUCACAUGGGUCCCGCCCCUGCAACCAAAUGGCAUGAUAAGAAGUUACAUCCUCUAUCUACAUUCUGGCAAUAUGUCUGAUUUAAUUCACAAACCUGGCGCCAAUUUGGAACCCAACUCAAGCUUUCGUUCUAAUCCAAAAACUGAACAGGAUCAUCUGUACUCAAGUCAAAACUCGGAGCCAGCAUCAAAUGUUGCCAUGCUUGGAUCAAAGGGCAACCAGACAGAUUUUUCAGAGGUGUAUCAAAACCCAGUAGUGACUCACAACAGAUACACUUCAAGCCGACCGAAUAGUGAACGUUUAAUCAAUCAAGAUGUCCUCCGCGCCACCAAUUCAUCAAACCCACUCACAGGUUUUAGUCAAUCCCUUUCAUCAGUUAAUGUUUCAGGGAACACCACAAGCUACACUUUCCUUCACCUCCUGCCAUACCAAUCCUACCACCUUCAGAUGGAAGCCUGCACCAGUGCUGGUUGCGCCGUGUCCAAAGCUCUGCACUUUCGAACCUUGCCAGCUCCUCCUGAAGGCCUCCCGGCACCUCACCUUUAUUCUGACACCCCUACCUCGGUGCUUCUGUCCUGGGGUGCACCACAAAGCCCCAACGGGCUUUUGGAGCGGUGGCUAAUUGAACGGAAAGUUUCUGGGACGGAACAGAUCUCCACAGUAGGCCAUCUUCCUCCAGACCCUCUUCCUCUUUCCUUUCUGGACUCCUCAUCAGCACUUAGUCCAUGGACAAGUUAUCACUAUAGACUUGUUCUCCAAAAUCAGGCUGGCACUUCCACAGGACCUUGGGUGGAUAUCACCACCAGACCUUCCAGACCUGCUGGUGUUACUCCGCCAAGGGUCAAAGUGUUGGGACCAGAGUCACUACAGGUCACAUGGUCUCCACCUUUAAUUCCCAACGGUGAGAUCGAAGGUUACGAAAUCCGUCUCCCAGUGCCUCGCAUCUUCCACAACGGCGGCAAUACGUCUGCUGAGCUUGUCGUGACAAUAGCGGACUUAAUUCCUUACACAAACUACAGCGUCAGUGUGCUGGUGUGUUCCAACGGGGGUGGAUAUGUUGGCGGAUGCACAGAAAGUCUGCCCUCUCCGGCUACCACAUUAGCCACCAGCCCCCAAGGCCUCGCACCGCUGUCAGUGGUGGCCGUCAGUGAGUCCUUCCUUGCGGUCUCUUGGCAACCUCCACACAGACCUAAUGGACCAAACAUCAGAUAUGAGUUGCUGCGACGUAAAAGCCACCAGCCUCUGGCCGUCAGUGUGGUCCCCAUGGUAACAGCCCCAUCCCAUAACCCUUCCCAAGAUCUCCAUCGCUGGUUCCAUGUUUACUCCGGCACCAAAUUGUUCUACCAAGAUAAAGGCCUAAGCAGAUUUACCCAGUACCAAUAUCAGUUAGUGGUCCGCAAUGAUGUGGGCUUCACUUCAGGAGAAAUUGUCACUGCGGUUACCAUGGCUGGGAUUCCUCUCCAAAGUCCAACUCUAUUUGCAUACGCUGUCAAUCACACAGCGCUUCACGCCAACUGGACACCACCCUCGUUGCACAACCUGCAGGGUGACGUGGAGUCCUACUUUCUUUCAGUCAUCUCUGCCAACUCCAGACAAACCUUUGUGUUUCCCCCAGAAAUCCUCUCCGCAGUUGUGACUGACCUUUGGCCCAGGACCACCUACACAGUGUCAAUACACGUGUCUAAUGGUGCACAUAAUACAACCAAGUCGCUAGUUAACGUCACCACAGAGGAUGGAGAGCCAGAUGGGAUGUCUGCCCCAGAGGUGGUUCCGCUUAACGGCAGUGCUGUUCGCGUGCUCUGGUCGCCUCCUUUCCAACCCAAUGGAGUCAUUACUGCUUAUCGAGUUUACGUUGACGACCGCCUACAUGUCAGCGUAGACAACAGCUCGGGGUCCUACCUGCUGGGCAAUCUGCUGCCUUUUACUGUUUACAACAUUCAGGUGGAGGUGUGCACUGUUUAUGCGUGCUUGAGGAGUAAUGUUACUCAGACAACCACCGUGGAGGACUUACCCGCCGACAUGACCACACCGCACGCUCAAGUACUCAGUCCGAGGGUUGUCAAAUUGGAUUGGUCACCUCCGGGCCGACCGAAUGGCAUCAUACUCGGCUACGAUGUCUUAAAACGGACCUCGGGGUCAUGUGGCUCUCGGUCAGCGGAGGUCACGCCCUAUGUGAGGAAAGAGUCAGGAGAUUCAGACGGCGUGAUUUUCAGAUGCUCCUACUUGCAGUGUCCCGCUACUCAUCAUGUGUGUGGCACGUCUUGCUUCCACCCUGACCAACAGGUUUGCUGCACUGGAUUGUUAUACGAGAAGAUGCCACAUCAUUACUGCUGUGCCGGGCACUAUCUGAGCUUUACUAAUUCUACCAGUCCAGUUUGCUGUGAUGGCAAACUGUUGCCAACUCUGCCUCACCACCACUGCUGUGGGGGGUACUAUGUUCACCUGAAAGCUAAUGAAUACUGCUGCCCCGACCACUCGCAGGGCCGUGUCUCAGUGGGGCCUGGGGACAGCUGCUGUGGGGGCGCUCCUUACGCCACCAAAGGCGGACAGCUGUGCUGCAGUGGGAGCCUCCACGAUGGUUACAGAGUCCAGUGUUGCGGAGGCCACAUUGUAGACGAUGCACUCGUCUGCUGUGGUGGUGCUGAAGAAGGACAAGCGCAUGCGUACAUUCCAGGUUUUUCCUGCUGUGCUCAAGAGUAUAUCAAUUCUUCUACAUCUCUUUGCUGCAUGGACAGUGAUGGAAUUCCAACAAUACAUCCAUCGGGCAAUAGUACUGUCAGACUGAAGUGUUGUGGGUCAAAGGUUGUGCUUCAAGAGCAAGAGUGCUGCAAUGGAAUUGGUUUUGACUCGCAACGACAUGUGUGUGCCAGCAGGCCCACGCCGAGCCUUUUGAUGGAGAGUGAGUGUUUCCAGGGUGCCCUGUGUCCAGUGUCAGCAUCCUCCACAGCAUACUGUGGUUCCUGUGACAUUGACCCAUCUACGACCACCUGCACAUGGGUCAUGUCUGCACAUCCUGACACUCCCUCCGCUUCAUUCUCGCCUACAAUGGACGCCACAUCUGAGGCACUCAUCACAGGAUCCCCCACACACACAAACAUCAGUCAUCUAAAUAAUGUCAUUUUGGGGAAUGAGCCGAGUUUGUGCAUGUCGCAUGAGGAGGUCGUGUACAGUGGGGAUGCCCAAAGAUACACCUAUGCAGAUUCAGACUUGGAGCCCUUCACCACCUACGAGUACAGAGUGAGGGGCUGGAACAGUUUUGGCCGAUGCUCCAGCGAUGUGAUCACAGUGACCACCGCUGAAGACAAACCAUGGGGAGUACCCCCACCUCGGUGGAGACGCCUGGAUGAGCGGAGUGAUGUCAUCCAGUGGCGUUGGCAAGCACCUGCUAGACCUAACGGAGUCAUAACCCACUAUGUGAUACUACGUGAUGGACAAGAGCGUUACCGCGGCGAUGAGAACAGCUUCACAGAUGUGGGUGGGAUCAGACCUUUCCAGGAAUUUAGUUACCAACUGAGGGCUUGCAACAGGGCCGGGUGCACUGAUAGUGCAAAGAUGGUGGCAGUAACCGUUCAAGGAGUCCCAGAGGGGGUGCAGUCUCCAGUGGUAAGAGCUUUGAGCCCCUCCUCUCUUCACAUGAGCUGGGUCCGACCCGCGAGUCCCAAUGGAAGAGUGCAGCAGUAUCACCUGAACCAAACCGGUCUUGGCACCACCAUAUUUACACACACAGAAGCACCCGGAAAUUUUACACUGACUGGUUUGCAUCCAUUCACAGACUACACUUUUGUGCUGGUGGCCUGCACAGCUGUGGGAUGUGGCACCAGUUCACCUUCCACAGGACGCACCCUGCAAGCCUCCCCCACUGGUGUGUGGUCGAGGCCCAGACACAUGAUCGUCAACACAUCUGUAGUGGAACUGUUCUGGGAUCCGCCCGUCAGACCCAACGGACUGGUCACCCGGUACAGACUGCGCAGAGGCGGUCACACCAUUUUUACCGGGGACCACCGUGACCAGAAUUAUACUGACGUUGGCCUCCUGCCAAACCGCAGGUACAUUUAUGAACUGGAGGCCAUCACAGGCGCGGGCUCUGGUUUGAGUGACAAAUAUGUUAUAAAAACACCAUACUCAUGCCCCACUGGGAUCCCAGCCCCACACAAAGUGACAGUCACCGGCCCCCAACUCCUCUCCUUGGCCUGGGACCCCACAGCCCAUUUCAACAAUAGCCAGCCCGUCAAUUAUAACAUCUUGUUGAAUCCCGGACGUGAAGGUGCCACAAUGCAUGCUACAGGCCAAAAGCAGAACCUCGCUGUUAAAGGACUUCAACCAUUCACUGCUUACGAUGUCCGCGUGCAGGCUUGUCAAAGUGGGGGUUGCGGCGUCGGAGAAGCUGCGCAUGUUUGCACUUUUGAAGCUUCGCCUGAACAUCUAUCACCGCCCUCGGUUAACGCAGCUGGUUCGAGUUUCCUGGAGAUCCGUUGGUCUCCCCCACAAAAACCCAAUGGCAUCAUCACGUCCUACCAUAUAUACAGGUCCCCAAUGGAAACGGAGGAGGAACUGCUGGUUUUCAUCUGGUCUAGUGGACCACUAGAGUUUUUCGACGCCAGCCCCUCCUUGCAGCCGUUCACCUACUACCAGUACAGACUUUGUGCCUACAAUUCUAAAGGCUCGGUUCGAAGCCGAAGCACGUCAGCUCGGACCCUGUCAGCACGGCCAAGAAAUAUGACCACCCCUGCUGCCACACCCACUGGUGCAUAUUCUAUCCACCUGAAAUGGAGUGAGCCACAACAGCCCAACGGUAUCAUUUCUCACUAUAAACUACUUUACAAGAAGCACCAGCCCGACCCGACAUUCAACUCACCUGCCGCACUUGCACUUACUGUACAGGGUUUAGUCCUCGAAGCAACCAUUUUUGGCCUUGAGCCCGACAGCGAAUAUAGUCUACAAGCGGAAGCUGUAAAUGAAGCAGGCAGUGUGUCAAGUCAAUGGGUUGGCGCGAGGACCCUGGAGGCUUCCCCUGCUGGACUGGCUAACUUCAGUGUGGAGCAGAAAGAGCAGGGCAGGUCAUUGCUGCUCAACUGGGAUCCACCAAGUUCUCCAAAUGGAGUCAUCACGAUGUACAAUUUGUACAGCGAGGGCAACCUGGAGUUCAGCGGGCUCUCACGCAGCUUCCUGUUUCGCCGCUUGGAGCCUUGGACGACGUACACUCUGACUCUCGAAGCUUGCACGUCAGCAGGGUGCACACGUAGCCCACCUCAGCAUGUCACUACUGCUGCAGCUCCACCCGCCUCGCAGCCCCCGCCUGCGCCCCUUUCUGUGGGUUCAGACCACGUGUGGCUCACCUGGGAAGGUCCCGCUCAGCCCAAUGGGCCCAUCUACGAGUACCACCUACUGGGAAGAAAUGCCGAUCAGGUGGGGAGGGAGAGAAGCAGAGAAGAGGAUGCUAAGAGAGAAAAAGUGCUGUUCCGAGAAUCAUCCCCACAAGAAAAUGACACUUUCUCCUUCACAGUGACCGGGUUGCGCCCUUGGACUCGGUACGAGUUCGCCGUACGUACUCACAACCCCGCCGGCCACACUCAGAGUUCCUGGGUAACGGUAACGACCAGGCAGGCCCCGCCUCGCGGCCUCGCCCCGCCUACCGUGAGUCACCUUCAGGGCCGACCCAGUGAAUUGGUGGUGUCAUGGGCGCCUCCUCUGGAACCCAACGGCGUGCUCCAGUCUUACAGGAUCCAGAGGAAUAAUAUCAGCUUCUCCUUUAGUUUUGACCCAACCGUGCUCAGCUACACCGACGAGGAUCUUCUUCCUUUUGCGAGAUAUAGUUAUUCAAUCACAGCGUGCACAUCUGAGGGCUGCAUCACAAGCCCUCCCACCAACAUUACAACCUUAGAGGCUCCCCCCACAACCGUGGAGGCUCCCACAGUGAACUCCAUUACAUCCAGCAGUAUGGACAUUUCCUGGACUCCACCACCCACCCAGAAUGGGGAGGUGAUCGAAUAUGUACUCAAGGUGAACAAUGAAGAAGCUUAUCGAGGUAAAGAGCUGAAGACUGCGCUGAUAGACCUUCAGCCUCACACGCCCUACCAGCUUGUGCUGCUGGCAUGUACCAGUGGAUGCACGGCCAGUGCAAAAACCUCCAAAGUGACCGAGGGAGGCUCCUCCUUUGGACAUGCACGGUCCCCACUCUAAAGGUCACCGGUCCCCGAGUCAGUAGAAAUAAACUGGGCCACCACCAGGAAUCCCAAUGGCAUCAUCAUAGGCUACGAACUCCGCAGAGAUGGCCAAAUAAUCUACGUGGGCCCGGAGACUCAUUACCACGACUUCACUCUUGUGCCCAAUGUGGAGUACAGCUACUUUGUCAGGGCCAACAAUAGCCGAGGAGCUGUGAGUAGCGCUGAAGCCUCAGCCAAGACUCACCCAGCUGCCCCUUCGGGUGUCGGGCCCCCCUUGCUGUCACCUCUGGGGCCCAAUCAGGUUAAAGUGGAGUGGAAUAUUCCCGCCCGUCCUAAUGGAGAUAUUAUUAGUUACACAAUAUAUCACAGGGAGCCCGUCCUGCUCGGUGAGAAUAACACCGUGUACACUCCAAAGGACGACGUCUUCUCCAAGAGACACACCACUCUGCGGGGGCUCGCUCCCUACCGCAGGUAUGAGGUGAGGGUGGAGGCAUGCACGGAGCUGGGCUGCUCCUCCAGCGACUGGGCGUCCAUCCUCACGCCAGAGGCUCCCCCCACCGGACAGAUGGCGCCACUGUUAGACCUGCAAGCUGACCCCCACACUGGCCUCCAGACCAUCUUCCUGCUUACCUGGUCCCCUCCAGCUCAACCAAAUGGGAGGAGCCCAAGUUACGAGGUGUACCGCAGACUGGAGCUCACCGCCGAUAGCCGUGGAAAUGACGUGGCGACUCUUGUCUACAAUUCUUCAUCCACAAGCUGCAAGGAUGAGGGGCUCUUGCCAUUUACUGCUUAUGAGUACCAGCUGUGGGCAGUGAACUCGGCCGGCCGUUCAUCUAGUCCGUGGGUCAGCGGGAGAACCGGCCCCGCCCCGCCCGAGGGGGUCGCUCCGCCUAGUUUACGACACGUCUCGGCAACCACGGCCUUGGUGGAAAUGCGUCCUCCGGCCCGGCCCAAUGGUGUCGUCAGCCUUUACCGUGUGUUCUCACUGGACCGUAACGACCACGUCACUCUGCUCUCAGAGGGAACAUCCCAUCAACAUACACUUCAUGGUUUACUGCCUUACACACAGUACAGGAUCGGAGUAGAGGCCUGUACCUGUUAUCAGUGCUGUAGCCAGGGACCUGUGGUUGAGCUGCGCACCCUGGCCGCACCCCCAGCUCGCCAACCACCUCCCCGUCCCGUCACGCUGACCUCACGCUCUGCUCAGCUCGCCUGGUUUGAGCCUCUGGAACCCAACGGAAUCAUCGAGAGUUGUGAGCUUCACCGUAGAACAGCCUGCCCGCAACCUCCCCAGCCUGUGAGCCAACCUUGUGUCACUGGCCCAGCAGACAUCACGUUCUUUGGCAAGAGGCGGAGCUACAAUGUGACAGGUCUUCAGCCAUAUUCCGCCUAUGAGCUUCGAGUAGCCUGCUUUAACAACAUGGGCAGCACCGCCUCCAACUGGACCACUGUCGUUACCCUCAGUGAAGCUCCUCAGUAUGUGUCGCCGCUGUCGGUGGGCAGCAACCUGACGGUCAUUUGGCUUGACUGGACCGGCUCCUUCUCCCUGAACGACUACCUGAGGCAGUAUACGGUGACGGAGAGCCAGCUCAGGAUCUACAGCGGCUUCCACAGCUACCUUCAUGUUCCACGCAAGUCACAGAAAACGCUGUCAUUUCAGGUGACUUGUACCACAGACAGUGGCAGUGCCACCACUCCCACUGUCAGAUACAGCCCCGUUUCAGGCCUGGGUCCUGUUGAUCCAGAGGACGCAAGUAAAGAGGGGGCGAGCAUGCCAGCAGCACCAGUCUAUUCUGAGCUGUGGUUCAUUUUGCUUUUGGCGCUGCUAGGGCUUUUCGUGCUGGCCAUCCUGUCGGGCCUUCUGCUGCAAAGAGCUCUGAGGAAGAAUCCAUCAGCCAGAGAUCGCCCUCCUCUGGUCAUGCUUCAGAAGAGCAGGAAGGCGGGAGGAGAGACAUACACGAGGCCUUAUCCCGACUUGUGCUCUAAGCAUCAUUCCGGCUCUGUGCUUGAUCCCGAUCGCCUCACAGGCCUGUCCGACACCAAGAUAGUGGGCGGUGGCUCGGCAUUCAACCCCAUGUCCGUCCUGAGGGUCCCCAGGCAAUCGGACCUGAGCCAGGCCUACUCCCAUCAUCCCUUGCACCACAGCCUGAGCCAGCUGAUUGACAGGAAAGCUCUGGUGACGGAAGAGGGCUGCUGGGACAACCCUCUGGGACCGGCACUGUACAUGGAGGAAGACUUUGCGGAUACCAUCAAGUCUUUAAGUUGUGUGAGAAAGGAGCGUGCCACUUUCACUGACACUCAUCUUUAAGGACACUGCACCCAAUCAGGUAUCAUUCAUUCAUGGUUGAAAAGAAUACACAACAAAACAGCUCUAAUUUAGCCUCACAUUUUCAUGUGUAGUUUUAGUUGAUUUUCUUGUUGUUAGCUGCUUCUUCAAGUUACUGUGCAUCAUUUAAAGACUCAGCAGUCACCCCGUAGAUGACUUCUAAGGCCUUGUUUUUAUGUUACUUUUUAAAUGCCAACUAUUUCUGAGAUGAACUGCUGUUUUCAUUUAACUAAAGUGAGGUCAUUUUGAUUGUGCACAGGUUUUGUGCGAGUUUAGUCUUUAGUGGAGCAUACGGUGCAGUUAGAACUUAGCUGUGGUGCUUGUUAUACGGUGUAUGUGCGACUCCAGUAUUUAUUAGAUGACUUAUUGUUCUGGACAAACUGAGCCUAAUGUAUUAUGACAUUGUUUUUUUUUGUUACUGUGGCAGUAUAUUUAUGUUUUGCUGUAAAUCAAUAAUGUGUAGAUGAAGGCAAUAUAAGCGAUGUGGCCAA